GGAAUGGACCGUCCGUCAGCCGGCAGCUUGGCGCCUCGGGGCACGAGAAGACCGGCGGCCGAAGCAAAGCAUCCCCCGUCCGUCCCCUUCCCCACGCGCGCACAGCGUGCUAGCCAGGAGCAAGCACGGCACUAGCCACUAGCUAGAGCGCACGAGCGCGGGGAUGGAAUCCAGCCGGUGGCCGCGGUCGGCAAGGCAGCGCAGCGACAGGCCGAUUCCUUCCUUGCCGCUCCCGCCGCCGCUCGCCUUGCCCCCACCCCCCUUUAACCGCACGCCACCUUACCCGAACCCAGCCAUGGUUGCCAAGCCGCCUCCGCAGCAGCAGCAGCAGAAGAAGAAGAUCGAGGCGGAGGCAUGGACGACGCGUCCCUCGAGCACACGCCCACCUGGGUCGUGGCCGCCGUCUGCUUCGUCAUCGUCUCCGUCUCCCUCGCCGCCGAGCGCUUCCUCCACUACCUCGGCAAGGCAUUAAAGCAUAAGCAGCAGAAAACAUUGUAUUCGGCCCUACAGAGACUAAAAGAAGAGCUAAUGCUUCUUGGAUUCAUUUCCUUCAUCCUGAGUCUCUCACAGAGUUUUAUUGUUCACAUUUGCAUUCCGGAAACCGCUACACGUUUCAUGCUUCCAUGCAAGAGAGAGAAUCACAAAGUUAUAGAAGAAGGUGGCAUAGUUUGCAAGAAAAAGGGUGAUGUCCCCUUUCUAUCACUGGAGGCAUUGCAUCAGCUGCACAUAUUCAUAUUUGUACUUGGCUUGGUCCAUGUGGUUUUCUGUGCUACAACAAUAUUGCUUGGUGGAGCGAAGAUAAGAAGAUGGAAGCAUUGGGAGAAUGGAAUUCACCGAGAUAUACAACAGAAAUAUGCAGAACUACAAACAGAUAUUGUAGGAAACGUUACACCAUUGCAUGUUGUGCUACGCCAUAAUCACCAGGGUGAAUUGGUCAGUGAGCGAACCGGGGGAUUUUGGAAGCAGUUGGCUGUUGUGAGCUGGAUAUUGAUCAAUCAAUUUCCAGAAAACAUCCAUUUGUCAUUUACCAUAAUGAAUUGCUCCCAGUCGCACAGUAUGUAUACAGUUAUUGCGAUUGCGUUCUCGAAGCAAUUUCAUGAUUCUGUGGGUAAAUCAGAUUAUGAAGCGCUUAGAUCAGCGUUCGUCUUAAUACACUACCCAAGGCACCCAAACUUUGAUUUCCACAAGUACAUGACCCGUGCCCUUGAGCAUGACUUUAAGAGGGUUGUUGGUAUCAGCUGGUACCUGUGGCUUUUUGUUAUCCUUUUCCUUUUGCUGAAUAUAAAUGGAUGGCACACAUACUUCUGGUUAGCUUUCUUGCCUCUAUUUCUCCUGCUUGUUGUUGGUGCAAAGCUACAGCACAUUAUUACUCGAUUAGCUCAAGAUGCAGCAGCAUCAUUAGCAGAUGAAACAAACCAAGUCCCGAAUAUAAAACCAUCCAAGGAGCAUUUCUGGUUUGGGAAACCUUCAAUUGUCCUUCAUUUGAUCCAUUUCAUCCUAUUCCAGAACGCCUUCGAGAUUGGUUUUUUCUUCUGGGUCUUGGUAACAUAUGGGUUCGAUUCCUGCAUCAUGGAGAAGAAGGCUUACGCCAUUUCCAGGCUUGUUAUUGGUCUGAUCAUCCAGGUGGUGUGCAGCUACAUCACCCUGCCAUUAUACGCCAUCGUCACCCACAUGGGCGGAGACAUCAAGCUGCAAGCGCUAGGGUCGGGCCUCCAUGAGUCCGUCGCGAAGUGGGCCACGGGUGCCCGAAGCCGGAAGAAGGGCAGCUCGGAGACGAGCCUCCGGAACUCGCUCACCUUGAAGAAUACUGGCGCCACCAAUCCCGUCACCGGCAGCAACGAGAUCACCGUGGCACGGGCGCCCAACGAGCGCUUCGGCAGCUCGCGCAACAUGCUGACGCCGGAGGCAGUUCCCGACCUGGACGAAAUCGUGUCUGUCGUGGACGUCGACAGCCGGAGGUGAGCAGCCAGGCCAGACGCCUCGCCGGCAUGCCCUGCCGGUGCCAGCCAAGGCAGGGGAAAGACGGCACGCCGAGAUGCUGCUUGUGUCCGCCGGGGCUCUGUGCAUCUGGGCCGGGAGGGAGGAGGUACCGCCUGGUUGCGCAGGCAGGCGCGCUCGUCUCGUUCACGCUGACGGACACUACGCACUGCAAUGUCACGGCUUCCCUGUAAACGGUACGAGCGGACAGGAUGCGUCUCCGGCCGGCUGUCGCGACAUGUCAUGUGAGAACAUGCUACAAAGGUCGUUGGCCUCCCUCGUCGUUUCUGCGUGAUCGCUCCGUCGCUAGCGCUCGAAGCAGAUGCUGCUCAUGAGUCAUGAGUGAGUGAAUGAUUUACAGACAAAACCGUUUUCUUUUGUCCUGAUCAGACACUCACGUCGUCCGUGCGGCACAGCAGCCCAGCCCUUCCGCCUUUCCCACGAAUGACUGACUACGCUAUUCUUCUA